AUGUAUUCGAUCUAUUUCUUCUUCUUCUUCCUUCAAUUGAGCAAUAUUCAAACUACCGUAGCGCAAACGGAUCAAACAGAACCGUUGGAUUUAUCAAUAUCGAAAAUAAAAAAGGAAAAGAGCGAAUCCCAAGGAUUAUCAGUGGAGACAGAAAGUGAUGGACGAAUAAAACUACUUGAACGGCUCCUUCCAAUCGAAACACUGAUGGAAGUAAUGGAAUUAUCAAAGCAAAAAAAAAGCACAAGAAAGAAACAACGCUGUAAUAUAUGUCAGAAGGAAGUGGUAAACAUAAAAGACCAUAUGAUGACUCAUACCGGUGAGAAGCCGUACAGUUGUUCGAUAUGUAAAAAAAGUUUCACUCAGUUCGGGAAUAUGAAAAUACAUAUGAUGAUUCAUACUGGUAAAAAGCAGUAUAGUUGUUCGAUAUGCAAAGAGAAUUUCACUCAGUAUGGGGGUAUGAAAAAACAUAUGAUGACUCAUACCGGUAAGAAGCCAUACAGUUGUUCGAUAUGCAAAAGGGGUUUCGCUCAGUUAGGGAAUAUGAAAAGGCAUAUGAUGACACAUACUGGCGAGAAGCCGUACAGUUGUCCCGUGUGUGAAAAGAAAUUCACACAAAAGCACAGUUUGAAGUCACACAUCGUAGUUCAUGGCACAAAUAGAACUGCUUAUCAUUGCACUGUAGGCAAUAAAGAUUUCCGGACCAAACGUAGCUUGAAAUUGCACAUGCACAGUCAUUAA